AUGAACUUUAUUAAAAAGUGUUGGGAUGAAAUUGGUGCUGAUUUCACUGCAGCGGUUCUGGGUUUCUUCCAAUCUUCCAGGUUACAAGCAGAUGCUAAUGUCACUUGGGUGGCGUUGGCCCCCAAGUUUACUGGGGUUAAGAAAAUCAAAGACCUUUAUCCGAUUAGCAUGAUGGGGUGUGUGUAUAAGUGGAUCAAACUGAAGAAGAAGCAAGCAGCAAUAAUAAAGCUAGACUUCCAGAAAGCAUAUGAUAGAGUCAAGUGGAGUUUUGUCGAUAUUGUCCUGCAAAAGAUGGGGUUUGGUCGAAGAUGGAGGAGUUGGGUUAAGGAAUGUGUCAGUAUGUGCUUUAUGAUGAUUGGAGAGGCUGUUAGAAAUGGUCGCAUAUCUCCACUGUUGGUUGGAAGAGAUCAUAUCGAGUUGUCUCAUCUUCAGUUUACAGAUGAUUCUAUACUGUUCUGUCCAUCUGAGGAAGAGACCAUCAAGAAUUACAGGAGGCUACUUCAUUGCUUUGAGCUGAUGUCAGGUUUAAGCAUCAAUUUUGACAAAUCUAGCUUGAUUUCUAUUAACUGUGAAGAGCAGUGGGUACAAUGGAUGUGUAGUGUGCUGGCCUGUAAAGCAGCCACUCUUCCAGUCAAAUAUCUGGGUAUUUCGCUAGAAGCAAAUCCGAGGCUGGUAAAGACUUGGAAGCCAAUAAUAGACAAAGUAGAGGAUAAACUUAGUCUCUGA